AUGUUGUCUCCAGAUUUGGAAACUGAUACGACUGCGGAAGACACAUUGGCCAGCUCCCCGAACGCAGAGACGGACACGCCGGCAAGUCUGGAUGUUCGGGAGGAGCAGCGGCCAGUGAAGCAGUCUCUCAGUGCGUCCAUGUGUCGGGAUUCCCAUUGGCGCUGCCUGCUGCUCUCGCUCCUCAUGUACAGCUGCCUGGGCGCCGUGGCCUGGUGUCAACUCACCAGCGUGACCAAGCUGAGCUUUGACUCGUCCGCCACCUCCUCCCUGACCGCCUCCAUCAACUCCAUGCGCGGCGGCGGCGGACCGGGCCGCUCCAUGAUCUACCACGACAGCCCGUGCGCCGACGGCUACGUCUACAUCCCGCUGGCGUUCCUGCUCAUGCUGUACGCGGUGUACCUGGUGGAGUGCUGGCACUGCCAGGUGCGCAGCGAGCUCCAGACGCGCGCCGACGUGGAGAGCGUGUACGAGCGCGUGCUGCGCAUGCGCCAGGCGCGGCCCUGCAUCUGGUGGAAGGCCAUCAGCUACCACUUCGUGCGCCGCACCCGGCAGGUGACGCGCUACCGCAACGGCGACGCCUACACCACCACGCAGGUGUACCACGAGCGCGUCAACACGCACGUGGCCGAGGGCGAGUUCGACUACAACCUCUGCGGCAUGCGGGACGUCUCGCGGGACCUGCAGGGCCUGGAGGGCCACUCGGCCACGCGCCUCCGCUUCACCAAGUGCUUCAGCUUCGCCGGCGCCGGGCCCGAAAACGCCUACCUCAACCAGCGCGCGCGCUUCUUCUCCGAGAUCGAGGGCCUGGACGACUACAUGGAGGCGCGCGAGGGGAUGCAGCUGAAGAACGUGGAUUUUAAAGAGCACCUCUUGGCCUACGUGGACCUGGACCGGCUGCCGUGGUACGCCUCCCACGUGGCCUUCUGGCUGGCCGCCAUGCUGAUGCUCUCGUGGCCGCUGAGGGUGCUGAUCGAGUACCGCACCGCCUACGUGCACUACCGCGUGGAGAAGCUGUUCGGGCUGGAGUACAGCAGCCCCUCGCCGGAAGAGGAGGAGGAGGAGGUUCCGAUGCGGAACGGCCUGCCGGCCUGCAGCCUGCCCCGGGCGGAGACGCUGGACAGCACGGAGCUGGAGUGGCACAUCCGCUCCAACCGCCAGCUCAUCCCGAGCUACUCGGAGGCCAUGCUGAUGACCGUGGGGGCCUCGGGCCAGACCGAGUGCCGCUCCUCUGCCAACUGCCUCCUGCUGGACAACCGGCCGGCUCGGAGCUACGGGACGCUGGUGCAGGACUGCGAGCAUUGCCGGCGCCUCCAGGGCGGCGCCAGAGCUGCCGGCGGUGGCGGUGGGACAGAGGGUGGCCCCACAAGGCGGAUGGCACUGCUGAGCUCCAGCUGCUCGUCCAUCUUCUCGCGGCACGCCUUCCACUCGCGGCUGUCGCUGGACACGUCGCGCUUCUCGCUGUGCCGCAUGUACGGCUCGCAGCACACGGUGGGCCUCUGGCGAAGCCGCAGCAGCACGCUGACCGGCGGCGGCGGCGAGCACUGCUGCCCGGACGAACAGUGUUGCCGCUCCUACUCCAGUCAGAUGGCGCUCAAUGACAGCCCGCCCACGUACCGCGACGCGCGCUUCUUCCCCGUGCUUAUCGUGCACCGGCCCGAGGGCUGCGGGGACGCCAGCGAGGUGCGGCGGUACUACGUGCGCCGAGGGUCUUGUUGCCUCGAGACCUCGCUGUGA